AUGGUAAAUAGCAAUGUAAAUUUACUACAAAACUAUAAAAACGGCACAACCGUUCUAAGAAAAAUCUAUAGAUUACAUGAUAAUAUUCAAGUAGAACCAAUCGGAUAUUGGAAUAAAGAUGAAGGCUUUAAUAAUUUCGAGAUAGAAGAAAUUACAACCAGAAGAAGAAUUAAUUUAAAAGGAAUUAGCCUCAAUACUUUCAUUGUUAUUACAAAUAAUGAUAGUUUAAAUCAUUUAACUGAUAAAAGGAUCGAAGUUGGCGUCCAUGAUACUGUUUUUAAUAGAUUCUACUUUCCAAAUGCAACAGAGCCUGUGCGACAAGCAAUCUACCAGCAAAAGGUAGCUCCUCCUGGUAAAAAUCCCAAUUUCAUGCCGUUGCUUGAUGGGGUGAAAAAAAUAAGAGAAGGACUAUUUGCAUUUCAUUUUGAAGGUGGCACAGGAUAUAAACUAAUGGGGGAAUUUUUUCUUGAACAUGAAAAAUGUGGAUUACAAGAAAUUCAGUUUAUUGAAGCAACUUAUCCCUGGAUAGCCACUCAAAAACAUUCUCCUUAUAAAGAGUUAUUUAAAAUUGGUUUACAAAAAAUUCGAGAAUCAGGCAUCCAACACAGAGAAAUUAGAGCAAUUUAUUCCAAAAAACCAGAAUGUAUAUCAAGGGGAUCCAGUUUUAUAAGCGUUGGUAUUGUAGAUUGUUACCCAGCUGUUGUGGUGUUGGCAGUUGGUAUUAUGGCUUCAGUUUUAAUAUGGUUUAUUGAAAUAAUUGUAUGUAAAUUGUAUGUAGCAAUAGUAAAAGAACAAGAAACCAUGAAAAGAUCGAUACUCAUAGUCACGAUUUUAUUCAUAAAAACCGUAAAUUCUACAAUGGAAUUUUAUACUUUAAUUGAAGAUAUAGUGAACCAAUUUGACAAAACAGCAAAGAUUACUGAAUUUUCUUGUAAUUAUGAAAAAUCAUUUUAUUUAUUGAAGUCUCUAAGCAAACAACGACGGUCUGUUCGAAUAUUAGACAUGAAUGAACAAUUAUUCGACAACGAAAUUUCAAAAAAGAACCAGAUUUUUCUUAUGAGUCUUGAUUGCAGUGAAUCUACAAAUAUUUUGAAAAAGGCUAAUGAACACAAUCGUUUUUCAUUUCCACAAAAAUGGAUAUUUCCACAUACAAAACCCUUAUCGGAAAUGAAAGAAUAUUUUCGUAAAUUAGAUAUUCUGGUUGAUAGUGACGUAAAUCUACUGGAAAUUAACAUAAACGGUACAGCUACUCUAAGAAAAAUAUAUAGAUUACAUUAUGAUAUUCUGGUAGAACCAAUCGGAUACUGGAAUAAAGAUGAUGGUUUUAAGAAUAUUGAAAUAGAACAAAUUACCACCAGAAGACGAAAUAAUUUGAAAGGACUUAUCCUGAAUACUUGUAUAGUGAUUACCAAUAAUGACACAUUGAACCAUUUAACUGAUAAAAGGUAA